CCUCGACACGCGUCAGCACCCAAACGUCCAUCUUGCCCUCAUGCUGCUCGUGCACAUCCAUGGAGCUUCCAAUCCCUACCGUCACGGAGGAUGACCUCCGUCAGUUUCAUGGGAAACAUUUCCCCAGCGCGCCUACUCCCGAGCACCACAUUCAGGCAGUGGACCAUGCAGCGCAGCAUGAAUACUAUGACGAAGGCGACGACGGGCUCGGCUACUACGAAGACGGCGUGAAGCGUACCCUCACCGACGAAGAGAUCGCCAUAUUUCGACACUCGGAGAUCCAGCGCAUCCUGCUCGAACGGAGACGACGCAAAGAAGCCGGAGAGCCAAUCUUCGACGCCCACACCCCGCAAGUCGACACGGAGAAUGUGACAGCGCUGCCCGGAGCAACAUCCGCGCGCGCAGCCAGCCCGGCAUCUGAUCAGAGCACGCCCAUGUCUAUCAGCUCAGACGACGAUGACCAGACUCAGGCUCCACCAGUUGAGCAGCCUCAGCAAAAGUGGGCGGUGACGAGCGCGAAGACUCGCGCCAGGAAUGCGAAGAACAGACAGAAGAACAGGAAGAAUCACCGCGAAAGGAAGAAAGAGGAGCGCAAGAGGCAGGAACGAGAAGCGAAACAAGCCAGACGUACGGCCGAGCAGCAGGCGCAGCACGAGCAGGACGAGGAGAGCGACGAAUGGGAUCCGUGGCAUCAGGCGAACGGGCCAGAUGCCCAGAAGGAAGACGCGGUCGACCUGGACUAUUGAGAGGCAUAUGCGGCAUGAAAAUCGCACAACACAAUUGGGCAUGACUGCGUUCCCGGAUGGCAUGAGCCCAGGGCAAUAUGAAGACCUGGAAACAUGAUCACGGCGUGCAUCAGCAUAUGCCC